UUUCAGGGCUGCCUUACGCAUGGAACUACAAGUCCCAGCCGGCUUCCCAGUACCAUGCAAGGCCAACGGCUGGGCACUUAUCAAGGCAUAAUCUUCUGGGCCUGAGCAAGGAACAGGCCUAUCCAGACCAUCCCUUUGCUCAGCCCCCAGAGAUUGUACCUCUGCCCCCUUCGCAGCACUGUGGGUGACCCCCAACAAUGAAAAUGCAUCAUUUGUUUCAUCAUGACCAUCAUUAGCAUUACCAACAUUCUCAUCAUUACUGACAUUAUCAAUCAACAUUAUCAUCAACAUUACUGACAUGAUCAAUAUCAGCCUCAUCGUCAUCAUCAUUAUCAACAGUCACGUUUAUAUAUCAAUGACACAUGCGUUCGAUACCUCCCCAGGCAAGGGGAUUUCUUUUCGUUUUCCAGCUAAUGGAGAAUCCUGUAGCCCCACUCCAUUCCCAGCCCCCUCCCUCUGUCCAUCCACAGGUUGCCCAGACAUUACCCCAACAUCUGCACACAGUACCUUGGCAUGUCCAGAGAGUUCCAGGGGGCCCUUCCAGGUAUUCUCGGUAUCCGCACACAAAAAAACAGGUGUG